UCGAUGAGAAACGUACAAACUAUCGACAUCUUAUGGUUCCGCUGUGGAAAUGGCCUCGGCUGGUCACCUAGCUAUAAAUGCCAAAUGAGCCUCUAUUUGUCGGAGUCGACCGAGAGAAGAUAGCCCGGCUGCGUCGGGGAGUUUGCUUCGGUAAUUUGAGGAGUGAGGAGGCAGGAAAAAAAAAAAAAACAAUGCCACAUUUCCUCUGGCCAGAGCCGCUGACACCCGCUCAACUAAAGCGGCUGGAGGAGCAUAAAUACAGCGCCUCUGGUCGGUCCCUGUUUGAGCCACCGUGCCAGAUCUACUGGAACUGGCUCGUCCAGCAAAUUCCGACAUGGAUCGCACCAAACACACUGACUAUUGUGGGACUACUGGUCAACAUCCUCACCACGGUGGUCCUUGUGUAUUAUUGUCCCACGGCAACAGAGGAGGCUCCGUCUUGGGCCUUCAUCCUGAGCGCCCUCGGCCUCUUCAUCUACCAGUCUCUGGACGCUAUUGACGGGAAACAGGCCCGGAGGACGAACAGCAGCUCAGCGCUCGGGGAGCUCUUUGACCAUGGCUGCGAUGCCGUCUCCACAGUGUUCGUGGCCAUCGGCACAUGCGUUUCAUGUGGAAUCGGAAGAUACUCAGACUGGAUGUUCUUCUGUGGUUUCAUCGGGAUGUUCAUGUUCUUCUGCGCCCACUGGCAGACCUACGUGUCCGGGACUCUGCGCUUUGGCCUGGUGGAUGUCACAGAGGUGCAGGUCGCCAUCAUGGUCAUGUAUUUGAUGUCGGCUUUCGGAGGCGUGAGCCUUUGGCAGACAACGUUGCCCAUCAUUGGACUAAAGCUGUACGUCUUCCCCAUCUUGGGCAUCAUCGGGGGGGCCCUCUACUCCUGCUACAACUACUUCCACGUCAUUUUGAAUGGAGGUGUUGGCAAAAACGGCUCCACUGUGGCUGACACCAGUGUGCUGAGUCCUGGUUUGCACAUCGGCCUCAUCCUCACCCUGGCCUUCAUCAUUUUCAAGAAGUCGUCCAGCCACCUGUUUGAGCACCACCCCUGUCUGUACCUGCUCGCCUUUGGCAUGGUCAUCUCCAAGAUCUCCAACAAACUGGUGAUAGCGCACAUGACUAAGAGUGAGCUGCACCUCCCAGACUCAGCCUUUAUAGGCCCCGGCCUCCUCUUCCUCAACCAGUACUUCAACAGCUUCAUAGACGAGCACAUAGUCCUCUGGAUCGCCAUGGUUCUCUCUCUUCUGGAUCUAACGCGCUACUGCACGGGUGUGUGCCUCCAGAUCGCCUCCCACCUGCGCAUCCAAGUCUUCAGCAUCACUCCGCCGGGCCACACCCACCGCGACUGACGGCUUGCCCGGCGGGAGACGGCGGGGGGAGACGCAGACCUCUCCCCGCUCCUGAAAGCAGACGAGGACCACGACGACGAGGAGAGACCCUCGACCCUGAGCCACUGCAGCCUUGACAAAGUGACCACAUCUGAUUAAAACUGCCUCUGCUACCAGACGGACAAAAUUGAACCAACACUACAAACUACAAACCAAAAAAGAAAAAAAAAGAAAAGAAAAGCACGGAUACAAAUAUAAAAUUGAAAAUUAGGCGGAACCAGAAUUCCCCUUGAAUUAAGUUUAAUUAAAACAUAAGUGCAUGUUCUCAGAUCGACAAUAUAGGGCACUCUACACUUGCUCAUUCAAUUUAAAUACCAAAUGUUUUCUUUUUUUUUUUCAGUGGGUACUUUAUAGCUUAGGCAAAUAUCUAAAUAUUUUAUCUGCUUUAAAUUGAAAGAUAUUUGUGCAAAUUAUGUUUGUCAUAUAUUUAUUUAACACAUAAACAUGUGACAAUCGUAGCUGCUCAUUUAGGUAAAUCCCUUUGAUAUGUGCCCAAACUGAACAGAGUACCAGUUGAAAUGUUUCUUAAUCUCUGUUUUUAUUUAUUAAAUGAAUGUGAGUCAAUCUGAAAUGAACCAGAUCUUGAAAACACAGAUUAAGAUUUUUUUUUAAAAAGACCUCUAAAACCUCAGAUAAUUUCCAAUGAACUUUGCAAUGUGGACUGGCAGGUUGUCAACAGGCUAAGUGAAGGGGUAACCGUCUGUGUUAAUGCUGAGAGUGAUGACUGGUUUUCUAUUGGGCUUCCCUCACAAACAUCUCCAGAGUUUCCAAUAUUUUAUUCCCUGUUACUCAUCUCAUCCUACAGACCUGGAAAAUAAACACACACCUCACCUCGGGCCUUUAGUGCUGUCAGCUGAUGAAGCAUUAACACUCGACUCGUUCUGCUUUCUCUGUUCUUCUCCCUGAAGGGCUAAUGAUUAUUAUGUGAUUGUACAGAAUUCAACUGAAGUCGCCUUAAAUAUUUUUGUUGUAAUUACUGUUAAAUUUGUGAAUAUUUAAAGCAGCUUUGUACGUUUUUUUUCUUUUUCCACUGAAAUAUACCAUGAAAACACUAGUAAUAAUACAGUGCUACUGGAAGUUUUUUUUUUUUUUUUUAACUGUUCACUCAUGAAGUUUCUUCACUUAUACAAAUGUAAAUUAUGUAUGGGUGAGUGAUUUAUUUGGUUCUUGGAAGAUCUGUUGGGUUAUCAGUAAUUUUGUAAUGAUUGAAUAUUAACAAACUCAUUAUUCAGGUUUUUAGGGAUCAAAAGGGAUAUUUCUGUGGUGCCGGUAAACUAUUCAAAGGUUGAAAAAAAAGAAGAAAGGUAUUCUUGAUUUUAUCUGGAAAACUAAAAUCAUCUUCCUCUCAUCUUCUGCUCCUGCAGGAUUAUGGACAUUAUAGAGGGGCGUGUCCUAAAAACAUAAAUUCAGAUAAGUUAUAAUGGACUUAGGAACUAUGCAUUGACAUGAUUUCAACGCCAUGUUGCACUGUUCAAUAAUGUAGUAAAACACCUUUGUACUAACAUAUGAGUGGAAAAGAUUGUAAUAAAGAAAAUAUUUUUCAUGUG